AUGGGCAAAAGUACUAUUGAGGACGCUGGGAGGUUCAUUCAAUCGAAGUUCAUUCAGUUAAGUCGGCGCCAGGGCAGCAAAGAAAUCUACACACAUUUCACCUGUGCCACAGAUACUUCUAAUAUUCAAUUCGUGUUCAAUGCGGUCACAGAUGUGAUAAUAAAGAAUACCUUGAAAAACGCAGGCCUUUUCUAA